UGACCUUAUCAAAGAAGAAAAGUUACACAACGUUGAACACAUUACGGCUUCCUGAGCAACAUGAUCUUAUUGUUUUAAGUGAAUAUAUGGAAUUUAGGUGUUUCAAUGGAUUCUGUUACAGCGACAGGUCCGAUGCAUAACGACUGCGACACACAAACAAGUUCAUUUUGGAGCUGGUGGCCUUCCUGGCGUCCAACAUCUAUGUCCCUUUUGAAGACGGUAGAAUCCAAGAUUCUUGCCUACAUUCAGAAUGACCUAUGGGCCAGGUUUGUGACUCUUCCAAGUAAAGACCGAAUAUGGACGCUGACCAUCACAAACAAGACCAUCCCAAAUACUCUAGAUGGAGGUACUUGUUCCUGCCACACUGCUCUUAGCCUAGGCCAUAAGACGCCCCUUGUGAUGGUCCAUGGUUUUGGAGGCGGUGUAGGCCUAUGGAUUAGGAACUUGGAUGCACUGAGUCGUUCUCGGCCUGUAUACGCCUUCGACCUGCUUGGAUUUGGCAGGAGCUCCAGGCCCCACUUUCCUUCAGAUGCCGAAAAGGCAGAGGAGCAGUUUGUCAGCUCUAUUGAGGAAUGGAGACAGUCUGUAGGCCUUGAGAACAUGAUUCUGCUGGGACACAGCCUGGGGGGUUAUCUGGCCACCUCCUAUGCAAUCCAACAUCCUUCAAGAGUAUCACAUCUUAUCCUGGUGGACCCGUGGGGUUUUCCUGAGCGACAGAAGGUAAAUAAUCAGACCCAGGCUGGUCAGACUCAGGGGUCAGAGGUGAAGAGGCCAUCCAUUCCACACUGGGUUAAAGCUGUUGUAUCAAUCAUGUCAUUCUUCAACCCCCUUGCUGUGAUUAGAGCAGCGGGCCCAUGGGGUCCAGGCUUGGUGAAUAGAUUCCGUCCUGAUUUUCAAAGAAAAUUUGAAGAUCUGUUUGAGGAUGAUACCAUGACACAAUACAUCUACCACUGUAACGCUCAAACACCAAGUGGUGAGGUGGGUUUCCGGGCCAUGUCGGAGUCUCUGGGCUGGGCGAAGAGGCCAAUGCUGCAACGGGUUCAUCUGCUGCCCCCCUCUAUGCCUGUCACCAUGCUAUACGGAGCACGAUCAUGGAUGGAUAGCUCGUCGGGGGACAGUGUGGUCCACAUCAGGGGCCAGGCCAACACCAGUGUAUUCUUGAUAAGCAAUGCCUCUCAUCAUGUCUAUGCUGAUCAACCAGAAGAGUUCAACAGAGUGGUUGAAAAUAUAUGCAGAUCUGUUAACUGACUGUGUCUGUGUGUGUAGAAGCACAGACGGAAUGUGGACUGUUCGUGGAUGUAGCUGGGAGGUUGUGCAUUUGAGAGCCAUAUUUUCUUUUUUUUUUUCUUUAAAAAUAUUCUUUACAACAUGUAGUCUCAUAUCAGUUUGGUGUAAUUAAUUGUUCUUUUUGAAUAUUAUUUCUGAAUACUACUAAUACAGAAUACUAUUUUAGUAAAUUUGUAUGUUGUUAUUAAUAAAUCACUGCAUGAUUUUCAUAUUUGUAGCUAUUUAUUUGAGAUAUUGAAUUUAUUUCUGAAGCAGAUUAGGUUCAUUUUAAGAAACUACUCUUUGUUACAUUUUGAAUGUUUGAGUUAUAUUUGAUAAUGAACAGUCAAAAUUUUACAUGUGCCUCAGAUAAACAAUAAUAGUAAUAAUAUUUUUUUUUCCUGUUGUCAUUUCGUUCACUUACUCCACCGAACAGGUGUCUGUAUCCCACCCCCCCACCCCACCCCAA